AAUUACUUUCAGAUAUUUCCCUUCUAUUGAUAUUGAUAUUGAUCAAAUUCUUUUUUUUAAUAAGCAUUACUAUAAGCUUAAGAUAUGCAAAUAUCUGAAAGAAGGCGGCAAGGAAACGGUUGAUGAAAAAGGCGUUGGAGCGUAUAUGGUAAAAGGAAAUCAAUGGUACGGUUAUGAUAACGAGGAAACUAUCAGAAUUAAAAUGAAAUGGCUCAAGGAGAAGGGUUACGGUGGUGCCUUCAUAUGGACUCUUGAUUUCGAUGAUUUCAAGGGUACAAGUUGUGGUAAAGGUCCAUAUCCGCUAUUAAAUGCAAUCAAUAAUGAACUUGAAAGUGAGGUAGGAAAUAUUUCAGAGAUGAAUUUCGGUAUCAAAUAUAGCUGA